AUGGCAGCCAGACUCGUCCUCACUUCCGCCAGGACUUGGAGACACUCAUAUCUCAUGGACAGCUACCAAAAACCUCGAAAUUACAGAAUAGGGGUCCUAGGGGACUUCAAAGUCGGGAAAACGUCAAUAAUUGAGCGAGCUCACUAUAAUCACGGUGUAGUGUUGGUGCAAGCCUUGUGUCUCCCUACGACCAGCGUUAAUGAUGCUUAUUCAGGGUCUCUUGACAAUCUCGAGGCCCUGAUGGAAAAUAUUUUGAAAAUUCAGAGAGUAGCUCCCUUUCCAAUACGAGGAACAUUAGUGGGCAACAAAUGUGACUUGGUAGAGCAAAGAGCUGUUGGCAUCUCGCUAGCAAAGGAGUUUGCUGAAAAGUACGCAUUGAACUAUAUCGAAACAUCCGCAAAGGCAUCUAUCAAUGUGGAAACGCUAAUACUUGGAUUGGUCAAACAGAUAGUCGAGACAACAAGAAUCAAGAUAGAUAAUAAACGCUUGGGAGGCGGAAGAGGGCUAAAGAAAGAGGCAAUCGGUGAAUCCAUUCAACUAACAAUAGAAGGGAUAAGGUACUUGAAUAGACGUGGAAGACCUCACAUGGGCUUAGCAGCAGAGGAAUACCUACGUGGCAUGAGCAGCCGAACACGUCCUUACUUCCGCCACCACUUUGAGAAGAACGAGUAUCUCAUGGAUCACCACCAGUAUCCAUAUAAUUACAGAAUUAUAGUAUUAGGGGGAUUCAGGGUCGGAAAAACGUCAAUAAUCGAGCGAUCCGUAGACGAUGCCUUCUGGACUGGGGGGAGACCCGCAAUUAACUUUGACUUUCGCACUCAAUUGGUCAAAAUUGAAGGAAAAGUUAUAAAAAUUCAACUGGUCUGUCAAUGUCAUAAUUUCGAUACAAAUAGCUUUAAACGUGGUGCUUCAGAGUCUUUCAAUACUCUUGGGAGGUGGAUGGAGGAGAUCAAACGAAUACAAACUCUAGCUGAACAUCCGAUGCCGGGAACGUUGCAGCAGCCUAUUCACAGACCCCAUUUAAAUGCGCGACAGGAGUUUGCUGAAAAGCACGAACUCGAUUAUAUCGAGACAUCAGCAAAGGAGUCUAUCAAUGUGGAAACGCUAGUGCUUACACUAGUAAAGCGGAUAAUGGAAACGUGA